CAAAGAACCAAAAUUGAAGUCAUGGCGGACGACCCGGCUGAGAUCUACGACGGAAUCAGAGCCGAAUUUCCUCUCUCAUUCGGUAAGCAAUCCAAAUCUCAAACCCCUCUCGAAACCAUCCACAAUACGACACGUCGUAACCAGAGCCUCCACCAACAACCACCCUCCUCCUCCUCCUCCGCCGCCAACGACCUCCCUUCUCUCUCCUCCUCCUCCAAAACCUGGCUCAAUUCCCUCCGCUCCGCCAAAACCCCUAACCCUAACCCUAACGAUUCGGAUGCAUCCCUUAUCGGACCACCUCGUCCGCCGCAGCCGAAUUCGACCGAUGAAGACGACGGCGACGCCCUUAUUGGACCACCUCCGCCGCCACCGGGGGGCGCCGAGAGCGACGACGAUGGGGAGAUGAUUGGGCCGCCGGCGCCGGCGCGGUCCAAUAUGGAGGAUUCGGAUUCCGAAGCGGAGGAGGAGAACAAGUACCGGAUUCCAGUGAGCAAUGAGAUUGUGCUGAAGGGACACACCAAGGUGGUUUCGGCCCUGGCCAUUGAUCACACUGGUUCUAGGGUUGUAACUGGUAGCUAUGACUAUUCGGUGAGAAUGUACGAUUUCCAAGGAAUGAAUGCAAAGCUGCAAUCUUUCCGGCAGCUGGAGCCGUCGGAAGGUCAUCAAGUCAGGACUAUUAGCUGGAGCCCCACCGCCGACCGGUUUCUUUGUGUCACCGGCUCUGCUCAGGCAAAGAUUUAUGAUCGUGACGGACUUACUCUCGGAGAGUUUGUUAAAGGGGACAUGUAUAUUCGUGAUCUUAAGAAUACCAAGGGGCAUAUUACUGGAUUGACCUGUGGACAGUGGCACCCUAGGAAGAAAGACGAAAUCUUGACAUCGUCGGAGGAUGGGUCGCUGCGCAUUUGGGAUGUCAAUGACUUCAAAACUCAGAAACAGGUAAUCAAGCCAAAACUUGCUAGGCCUGGAAGAGUUCCAGUCACCACUUGUGCUUGGGAUCAUGAAGGCCAACGGAUUGCAGGUGGUAUAGGAGAUGGUUCUAUACAGGUUUGGAACAUUAAACCCGGAUGGGGAAGUAGGCCAGACAUACAUGUUCCAGGAGCUCAUUCAGAUGAUAUUACUGGGCUUAAGUUUUCUAGGGAUGGGAGAAUCUUACUCUCAAGAAGCUGUGAUGGCACUUUGAAGGUUUGGGAUUUACGUCAGAUGAAAGAUCCUCUCAAGGUGUUUCAGGAUCUCCCAGAUAAUUAUGCACAAACCAAUAUUGCAUUUAGUCCUGAUGAGCAACUCUUUCUGACUGGAACUUCAAUUGAAAGGGAGAGCACAACUGGUGGAUUACUAUGCUUCUUUGAUCGAGCAAAACUGGAACUUGUUUCAAAAGUUGGGAUAUCCCCUACUUGUAGUGUUGUGCAAUGUGCCUGGCACCCAAAACUGAAUCAGAUCUUUGCAACAAUGGGGGAUAAAAGUCAAGGCGAAACUCAUGUAUUAUAUGAUCCAACUCUUAGUGAAAGAGGAGCUCUUGUUUGUGUUGCACGUGCACCUAGGAAAAAAUCUGUUGAUGAUUUUGUGGCAAACCCAGUCAUACACAACCCUCAUGCUCUACCUUUAUUUAGAGAUCAACCAAGCCGUAAGCGUGAGCGAGAGAAAACAUUGAAGGAUCCAGUUAAAUCCCAUAAGCCUGACCUUCCCAUGACAGGACCAGGCUUUGGUGGAAGAGUUGGCGUAAGUAAAGGAAGCUUAUUGACCCAGUACCUUAUGAAGCAAGGUGGUAUGAUCAAGGAGACGUGGAUGGACGAAGAUCCAAGAGAAGCCAUACUGAAGUAUGCAGAUGUUGCAGCAAAAGAUCCAAAGUACAUAGCUCCAGCUUAUGCAGAAACCCAGCCUGAAACAGUUUUUGCGAAAUCAGACUCUGAGGAUGAAGAGAAAUGAUCUGAUUAUGGUUCCUAUGGUAGCCAUUACUGGAAUGACUGUUGCUUGACCAAGGACAAAACCAAAGGCUACUUGCCACAACAUUGCAUCUGCAGAAACAUUGUGAGCGCCAUACUAAUGGUCACAGAGGAUUCAAUUCUUGAAGGAAAAUGCUAAACUAUGGUAGUUGGUAGAAUGAAAUGUGACGCUUUGAAUUUGCUAUAUUGAUGGAUGUAGUCCUCCGAAAUGACACCACAAUGUGAAUGUAAAUGCAGUAAAAUCUGUAAUACUUUUUUGAAGUAAAAUUUUGUUGUACUCUUAUUAGUUAUUACUAAUUAGGUAUUCUAGCU